GAGCGCGGCCGGGGCCAUGUCGGCGCCGCAGCCCCUGCAGAUCCGCGAGGCCAACGCACACCUGGCGGCCGUGCACCGGCGCGCGGCGGAGCUGGAGGCGCGGCUGGACGCGGCGGAGCGCACGGUGCGCUCCCAGGCCGAGCGCCUGGCCCGCCACGACCAGCAGCUGCGCGCUGCCCUGGACGAGCUGGGCCGCGCCAAGGACCGGGAGAGCGCCGAGCUCCGUGCACAGCUGCGCUCCGCCGAGGCCGCCGUGCGCCAGAGGGACGCACUCAUCCAGCAGCUGCAGACGCGGGCCCAGCUGCUGCAGGACCUCUGCCGCCACCGGCCGGCGCUGGCCGGGCUGCUGGCCGCGCUGGCCGACGUGGAGCGACUGGGGCCCCCGCCGGCCGGGCCUCUGGGCCCCCCACCCCCUGGCGGGCCCAGCCCGCCGGCCACCAACAGCACCGGGGAGGACGAGGAGGACGACGAGCUGGACAGCUUGCCGGCCGCGGUGCUGGGGACCACGGUGUGA